AUGGCCCAGUUGGUGGAGCACCAGCCAAUGGAUGAAGGGGCCAGGAAGUACAAGACCUCAUACAUUGAGAAAUCCUUCAAAUCGGAACCUCUCCAGCUACAAACUUCCAUUUUAUUCUUCUGGAGCCUGCCGGUUACAGCCCAACUCAGCAUUGAGCUGGUGCCCUCCAAUGCUGUCCAGGGGACAAACGUCCUUCUACGUGUCCACAAUGUGCCCAAGAAUAUUAAAAGCUAUACCUGGUACAAAGGGCAAAGGAGCCUGGACAACCAUCAAAUUGUAAUAUUUGUCAUAGACCAUCAUACCAUCGUCCGAGGGCCUGACUACAGUGGUCGGGAGAAAAUAUACCGCAAUGGAUCUCUGCUUCUCCAGAGUGUCAACUGGAGGGACGCAGGCUACUAUACUCUACGAACCCUAACUAGAGACCUUCGGACUCAGGGAGCAUCGGGACAGCUCCAUGUAUUCCAGCCGGUGGCACGGCCCUCCAUCCAGGCCAGCAACACUACAGUCACAGAUCAGGGAUCUGUGGUCCUCACCUGCUACCCUGGUGACCCGGGAACCUCCAUCCGGUGGAUUUUCAACAAUCAGAGCGUGCAGCUGACGGAGAGGAUGAAGCUGGCUCAGGACAACAGCACGCUCAGGCUUGACCCCGUCCGGAGGGAGGACGCUGGAGAGUAUCGGUGUGAGGUCUCCAACCCCGCCUCCGCCAGCCAGAGUGACCCCCUCGUGCUGGUGGUGACCCCCAGUGACCCUUAG